AUGACAGAGGCUAGCAUCGUAUCACGGGAUUCUACACAUCAUAUUCUUGCCAAUGGCUCAAAUUUUAGCUCUAUGAGACCCAAUUUUCGCAGCUCAUUUCCUGCGUCAAAUGGAACAUCAGGGCUUUCGUCACUUGCGCAGAGAUUUCGAGAAAAUUGGCUUAAAUGCAAUCCACCAUUUCGCGAUACUGAUGACUCCUUAACGAAUCUUACUUGGUUGUUCAACUCCGUGAGGCACAAUCUUUCACUAAACAAGUGCUUCGAGAAGGUUCCACGCGAGAAGGGCGAGCGUGGCAAGGGGGGCUUCUGGCGCGUCAAUCCCCGUCACGCGGAUUGGUUGGAGGCGAAUUUGGCCAAGUGUCGGAGGGCCGCCCCGCCCCCAGGUCCACCGCCUCCGAUACCGCGUUCCCUUCUCCUCGAGAAACAGCAGGAGCAACAGCACACCGACGGUUUCUACUUCACCUUUCCACAGCAGCAGCAACAGCAACCGCCACCACCGCAGAACGCCCCAACUCUCAUCUGUUACCAGUCGGUUGCCAUGCCGCCGGACGUCUCAAACGAGGUGGAGGCGGUGACUGUGAAGGAGGCGCCUGACCCGGCUCAUCAACAGCCGCCAGCUCCACCGCCACAACCACCACCGCAGCCACACGUCCGAAGACGGAAAACGCCACCCUGCUCGAUGUACCCGACUGCCGAGAAGGCGGAGGGGGAACCGGACUUGGUAGAGGUCAUUCGGAGACCGCCACAGUACCCAGCCUUCACUAACAGAAAGAGGUUGGCAUUGGGCGCGUCGGCUUCGAGAAAUCGACCUCCCUACGGCACGUUGACAGCCCCCGCGUGGUCACAGCCUGUUGGGUUCAAACGGGAGCCUGGAAGGUCAAACUGCAAUGAUGGAUAUUACGACUCGAAGUCGUGGAAAGCGGAGGAUGGUUGCGGAAGAGCUUCCCACUUUCAGGUUUUUCGGUCUUUCGGUUACUACCCAUCGAAAUUUCUCGUCUCAACUGACAUCCUGGCUUCGUCUUCCUUUGCAAUUCGAAGACGCCGAACUCGUGAACUGAUGGACACCACAGACCCUUUUUAUGUGCCUCCUAGGCGACCACAAUUUCCACAGUCUUCUGACGCCACCUACGAAUACAAACCCACGACCAGCAUUUCGUCUGCUUACCCCUACACUUCUACCUCUGACGAUUCCACCUCUUGCAAGCGUCGAGUUGAGACACAGGUGAGGCAUGAUCUGCCCGAAGAACAGACGCUUCUUUUGCCAGAUCACCUCAACCUAUCCUGUUUGGACUCGCUCUCCAACAUCACCGCAGAGCCGACUAGCAUGGAAACGAACAGCGCUGUUAUGAGUUCGUGGAAAGAGGACUUUCUCGAUUUCCCUGGCGUCUUGCCCUGGCAAACAGUCUCGUCGUCUGUGGACGAGAGCAGUAACCUCACCGUGGAAUGCAACACACCUGAUUUGGAGCCCACGGGUCGCGCAAUCCAGUCUUCGACGUCGUCCAGUCCAAGUCCUCUGGCGUCGUUCGCUUCAUUUGGUCAGUCGACGGCCAGUUCGGCGUCUUCGAACGCCGAUUCGGGUGUCGCGUCGCUGGUCAACCCCUCCGACGGCCUGGACUUGGGUCCGCUAGAUCUCGAUUUCGACACCGUCUCGUCGGCCCUCAACGAUCUUGUCGAGUCCAACGGAUGCUCAAUUCCACCUAUCGACGUCGACUUCGGCGACCUGGGUGAUUCCAUUCACAAGUCUCUCGCCGCCACACCGCUGACCAAUUCGACGUCUUCAUUCAGCCAACACUCUGGUGACGGCUAUGCCGAUUCUGCCUGGAACUAUGGCGUGGGUGGCACCGCUGGCGGCGGAUUCUACGAGAACGGCUUGAGCCUGACGUAG